AUGGGUAAUAACGUUGAUAAAGAAUUGAAACAUAAAGGAAUGCAUCGUCAUCAAAGUAAACCAAGUUCAUUUUAUUUUGCAUGCCGUAAUGGUGAUUUAGAAACUGUUCAAUUAAUGUUACCGACUAUUUCUUAUAAAGAUUUAAAUCGAUUAGAACCAAAUGGUAGUACUCCACUUCAUGCAGCUUCAUUCUAUGGUCAUACAGAAAUUGUUCGUCUUUUAUUACAUGAACGUGGUUGUGAUCGUUCACAACGAAAUCGUUAUGGCUUAACGGCUUAUGAAGACGCAAAAACAGAUGAAAUUCGACAAUUAUUUCAUCGACCAUUAAAUAUAAAUCGAUUUUGUGUUAAUAAUGAACAAGAAAAUAUUAAUAAUCAACAAACAUUUUCUAUUGUUUCUUCUCUUACAGAACAAACAAAAGAUGAUAAUAAUGAUGAUGAUGAUAACGAUGAACCAAUACCUUCGAAAUGGGUUAAACUUUACCAAACAGAUGAUGAAAUCUAUAAAGAAAUUCAUUAUCUUGGUAAAGGUAAACGUUUACUUCAAUCGAAAUUGGGACGAUUUCUUACUAGUAAAGGUGCAAAAUAUCAAGGUGAUAAAGAACUUAAUGAUAUUGAAAAUCUAAUUGGUUAUUUAACUGAUCAAUCAUAUCGUAUUAAUAAAAUUCGUAAAAUUCUUGAUACUAUAGUAACAAAAGAACAUAGUCAAUAUGAUAGAUGUUGUGAUCUAUUAUCAAAGUAUUCUCAUGAUGGAAAUGUUGAAUCAUUAUUAAGACUUUAUUCACUUGAAACACCAUUUUAUCAUGCAUUAAGUAAUGAUAUAGGUCCAUUAAAAUGGCCAUUAUUUUUAAAUCUUUCAACAUUAAAACAUCGAUAUUUUCAAGGUCAAUGUUAUCGUGGUAUAAUAAUGACAAAUGAUGAUUUACGAUCAUAUCAUUCAGCAUUUAAUAAUAAAGGAAGUUUUAUACGAACAAAUACAUUUUCAUCAACAUCAACUAAUCGUCAAGUAGCAGAAAGUUUUACAGAAUUAUCAUUAUCAUCAACAAAUAAAAUAAGUAUUUUAAUGCAUUAUCAUUUUCCGCAACCAUGUGAUCAAGCAAUUAAUUUAGGAUCUAUUAAUAAAUUUCAUUUACCAUGUGUAUCAGAAUAUGAAGAUGAAUCAGAAGUUUUAAUAUUACCACGAACAUUAUUUAUUGUUAAAAGUAUUUAUGAAGUUACUACGACUAAUGAAGAACAACAACAACAAGAAAAACGAUAUACUAUAAUUCAUUUAGAAAAUGUAUUACAUGCAAAAAAAUCAUUAUUAAGUUCAUUAAAAUUUCUUGUAUCAAAAACUGAACAAACUGAAAUGUCACUUUAUUAUAAUUCUAUAACACAAGCAGAAGAAGGAAAUACUAGUAAUAAAAUGUUAAAUAGUUAA